UCAAACUCUUUUUUAUUGUAUUUUUUAUUUUUAUAUUUAAAAGCCAAACCAAUGUUGGAACUUUCUUCUUCUGUCCCAAAAGUAUCUUCCUCCGACCAGAUAUUUUCUCAACCUGUCCUUCCUUUAACUUAUCCUUCAGGCAGAGCAGGCAGAAGGAAGAAACAUGUCGAUGGCGAGUCUUCCUCCGACCACAGCUCCGUCGUCCACCACCACCUCGUGGGCCCGCACCAUAACCACUAGACCACCGGCCAAGCUCAGGCUCGUCUCUUUCACCAAGCGCAGAGCUUCUUCUUCUUCUUCUUCCAUUACAGACUUUGACCUCUACGACCUCUUGGGCGUGCAUCAAAACUCCGACCAGUCUCAGAUCAAAGCUGCCUAUCGGAAUCUCCAGAAACGCUGUCACCCAGAUAUAGCCGGGAUCUCCGGCCACGACAUGGCCAUCAUCCUCAACGAGGCUUAUUCUCUCCUCUCUGAUCCAGUUUCUCGCCAUGCAUAUGAUAAGGAGCAAGCAAAGGUGGCGGAACUCAAAGGCUACACAGGGAGGCCGGUCUACUCGGUGUGGUGUGGCUCAGAGACUGAACACCGAGCUGUGUUCGUGGAUGAGGUCAAGUGCGUUGGCUGCUUAAAGUGUGCCUUGUGUGCCGACAAGACAUUUGCUAUAGAAACUACGUAUGGUAGAGCAAGGGUCGUUUCCCAAUGGGCUGACCCUGAAUACAAAAUACAACAAGCCAUUGAAGCAUGCCCCAUUGAUUGCAUCUCGGUGGUGGAGAGAUCUGACCUUGCGUCCUUGGAGUUCUUAAUGUCGAAGCAGCCCCGAGGCAAUGUGAGAGUCGGGGCUGGUAACAAUGUUGGAACCCGUGUCUCCAACAUAUUUGUCGAUGUCAAGAAAUUCCAGGCUAGAUACGCCGAAGCCGUGAGCAGAACCACCAGACCGAACUCCCCGGAGACAGACUUACGUAAUGAAGCAAGAAUAAACGCAGUAGAAGCAAUAAGGUCUAUAUCCAGUUGGUUGUACUGGCAAUCACCAGAUUCAAAACCGACCGAUUCAGCUUCUCAGCUGAGCCUUACUCUUAGCAGGCGAGGAAAGUCAGUUGAUCCAGAUAUCCAAAAGCUCCAAGAUGCCGCUGCAGCGAGAAAACGAGCAAGACAGAACGGAAUAAUCAACAGGAAAGCAUCACUGCACAUGCACAGAGAUGAGUACUGGAUCCCAUCAGCUCGUGCUCUCCCUUCGUCUGAAAGCAGCUGCUUGACGGCUAGCUCGUUUACAAAGCCUUCACCUGUGAAUCAAAGCAAAGGUUCAACAGAAGAUCAUCACAUCAAAAAACAGACCAGAAAGCAGAAUCCAGUCUUGCAAAAAAUCCCAAUUGCGGUAGCCCUUAUAGCAGUAUUCAUGGUUCAGUACCAAGCCAACAACGGAGUCUCUGAACUAAAAGAACAUAUCGGUGGCUCCUGGGCUUUAUCUAUUGUUAACAGCCAUUGGCGGCAGAUCUUAUCAGCCGGGUUUUUCUGGUACUUCGUAGGAGAAAUGGUGGCAGAACUCGUGGAAGCUGCCUGGAACAAGCAAAAAGAUCCAGAAGAAUAGAAUGUUACAUAUAUGUACAGACUACAGUGUAUAUAACACAAUACAAUGUCACUCACGAUGUAUCAACAGGACAGGUCCUCUCGUUCACCUGCAUGUGUAUAAUAAUGUAAUGAUAAAAGUAUAGUGGACACAAACAGCUAGUUCAGCUUCCUUAA